AUGUCGACGUUGAUUAAUGAUGGAGCCGUUCCUUCGCUUCCGAAAAAUGAAGAUCUUCCUCAAUCUCGACGGGCUAGUGUCCGUCGACCUAGUAGUGCUCGCUCCAGCUUCGUGCAGCAAAAGCUUCAAACAGCGUUAUCACAAGCGGAAAAGACCUCACACGAAUUGACCCAAGGCUCACAUUUUGAACACUCCGAGGAUUCUCGGGCUCCAGGAAAUGGUCACGUGGAUCGUAGUACUGCUCGAUAUCGUAGCGCAGCAGGCGUCGUUUCAUUCACAGACCCUGCUACUGCAUUCAGUUACUCAGCGAGUUUCAUGCCAGGAGUUCAUUUCUACACAUUCCUAGCAGCGAAAGAAGCUGCGCCUCCAACAACAGCUAGGGGGCGAGCAAAUCACAGCAAUCAUUUUUCGGGUAGUAAUCACGUAUCGGGAAACGAGAACUAUGGAAACCACGGUAACCCAAGACUGACAGCGAGAAAGCAGAAUUUAAAGUUGAAUGUGCCCGAUACGAUUUUAUAUGGCGAGACGGGACGAGCUGUAUGGAUUUACACUGACAAGGAGGGGUAUGUGCAGCGAUCAACCGAGUUUAGUGACAAGCAAGUGCUCGACAAAUUUGUAGAGUGUUCUCCGAGAGCAGACGACAAGCAUUUAGUAGUUUAUAAAGAACCUAUGACUACGAUGGCUGCGAUGAGUCGUCAAAAUGGUCAUGGACCGGCAGUAUUCAACUCACAAGGAAAUCAAUUGCGCUUGCUAAACCUCGGUGAGGUCAGGACUCUUUUGAAUGGAGUGAUGGCCAUGCACAAGUCUUUUGCUCUUCAACAAUUCAUUAAGUGCAACGGAUCCAAAGCCUUUAUACAGCGAGCAGUGUACGAAGCUGGAAAGCCAGCACAUGCGUGGAUGAUCAGUAAUGUUGAGCCAUUCCGAGACCCCAAUGCUCCAUCGCCGUACUCUCCUGGUACCGCACAGCAGGUCUCACCACGACCUGGGCUAAUUCGAUCAAAUAGUUCUUCCACAAUAGCCGCCACUGGCUCUGAAGGCACGGUUCCUCUUGUCAGCCGCCUCUGCACCAGUAUUCAAACCGACAAGGCGUGCACUUUCGUCAAACUUACCGAGCGCGGAUGUGCUACAGUCUCCGAGCUUAAUCUACGCAUAGUUCGAUACAUUGAGCAUCGGUUGCAUAUUUCAAUCCAGACGUUUGUGGCCGAUUUUGUUAAAGAUGCCGUCGGGGAGUGGUGGUUGCUGCAGGUGAAGGCCUUCCAAGUACAGAGUAAAUUUCAUCCGGGUCGAGUAUUUUCCUUGCCACCUAAAUUACGAAUGGCCUAUUUGAAUUAUCGUGAUACGGCGAUUCUCGAUGACGACGACGAUGAUGGUUUUGACGAAGAUCGACGUAGUAAAGCAAGGUAUCGUUACUACCGCCGAACCAUUGCCCCUCUGUCCCAGCGUAAUAUCCACAGACUCGUCCAGUGCAAGUGCUGUCUGGCAGCUUAUCCUAGUAGCGAGCUUUCGUUCAAGAUGACGUUGAAAAUGAUCAGUGAUAUGCUUUUACGGAUACGUUCUCGUCUCCCACAAGAGAAAACAUUAUCGGCCCCAUUUGCUCGAGAGCUCCCGGAAUCAGCCGUAGCGUACGAAUCGUGGAGUGUUUGCAGCUUUUGUUACGCUAUCUACGAACGUGAUCAGCAACUGCAGCGUAUUGAGACCAAAUUUUCAGCAGCAUUAGGACUUCCUAACACCAAGACUAUGGAUGAAGGCCUGAGUCGAAUUCAAGACCGAAGCUACGUGUUGGACCCGGCAGUGACUGCUUCCGUCAUGCCUUCGCAGCUUACACUUUGUCGGUUGGUGUUAGUGAUUAACGCGAUAUACGAUAUCCCGCCUGAGCUGUAUAAUGCCGAACUGGAAAAUGCCCGGAUGGAAGCGGCUGCAGAUGAAGUUGCAGCAGCCGAAGGACGGAGAAGGUCGCAGCGUGCUAAUGCAUCGCGGUUGUAUUUGCGUAUUAAUGCAUUGGGGUAUACAGAGUGCAUUCCAAUUAAUCCAGACGAUAUAAUGGUGGCCAGCGAGAAAGCACCAGUUGGAGCGCGUCGACGAGAUAGUGUUGCGAGCUCUGCGAGUGACGAUGAUGAUGUAGAGUCUCGUGACGACGCUAAUGAACCUCAGUCUGCCCAGCAUCAAGACACCUGGAAGCGGUUGCCACAUUCUCAGAUUACCCCCUCGUCAUCAAACAAUGAGGUUAACUACUGGCUUCCCACGAGUUUAAUCCGUACCAUCCCGUUCUUCGCCCCACGCACACCGUUACAGUCAAAGUUAAAGGAGACAAGUGGUAUCGCCCCAUUCCUGACCGAAGACAAUAGUGUCCGGGUCCAGUUAAUCCGUGCUACCGAGCCUCCUUUGCAGGACCCGACAGAAUUAGCAGUAAGACGAAGACCGAGGAACCGGCGGGCUGCACUUGUACCUGCAGCAGGGACUAUUUCAGACCUUGUAUCACAAAUGCAUGGACCCUCUCAUUCCGUCGUACUUGGAUCUACGAAAAUCCGCAUGACGCAGUUCAGAAGCUCGUAUGUGACCAAGAUUGACUACUACGCUUGUAUGGCUAUUACAGGCGAAAUGCUAAACAUUAAGGGGAAUAUCGGUUUAGAGCGUGUACGCUACGUGGACUCUAAACUCCUCACGUCGCAACAUCGUCUGCGAGUUUACAAUGGAGUAUUUGUGCCUGAUGAAUCGUACACAACGGGCGAACCCUUAUCCUCCGAGUGGAUGGACUGCUUUCGCGCUUCAAGCUAUGUGAAGCGACUCCCAGCGACUAACACCACAACAGUCGAACCUGUUGAGAGUAUAAAGAAGAGUGUAGUAACCCGCCGAAAUAGUAUGAUAGGCAAUCAAGGUGACAAUCAGCCACGUCGUGCCUCCCGACCGACUUCAUCCAGAGUGUCACUGAUGGACGAAGACGAAGAGAUGGACAUGGAACUCGAGCAAAUGAUCGAGAGAGCCAAUCUGAAGCAGCAAGAAGCUUAUUUCCAACAAAUGAAUCCAGCGCACCAGUCUCCUAACAACAACCGAGAGGAAAUGAAAACGGAGUCCGCUAAUGCCAUCAAGCACAAGUUACUUUGCACCAGUGCUCGAAUGCCUUCGAAGAGUGCCUCUCAAAUGGCUAUGCUGCUCAACAAGCCUAUCAUAUCUCCGCGCUCGGAGCUUGCAGAUUGUCCUGAGGUUGACACCAACGCCAACAAUGCACCAACAUCUCCGAAAGGAACGUCUUUAAUAGUGCCAUCCCCUCGAAACCGCAAGUGGAUAUGGUCUGUUGUACUUUCGAUCAGCCAAGCACAUAAUUUACAGUCACGAGAGCGCUCGUGCUGUCGAUGGGAGUGCCACUACACGCUGCUUAAUCAACGACGUUCUGCACUGGAACGGCUGCCAGUAAGCUGCAGAACUCGACCGGGAGCUCUUUCUACCUCUGCAUCAGUGGACGCUAUCUCAUCACACUUAAGCUCCGUUUAUUCUCCACUAGAAGUGCAAUUCAACUGCACGCACAAGUUUUGGCUAACAGGGACGACGCUAAUGGUCCAAGCUUAUCUCCGAAACAAUCCGGAGCUUAGACUUUACUUCCGCAACGACAUGUACGCAUCGACACGAUCUGAAUCCGAAGGAGAGUUCUACGGAGUCUUAAGACUCUCGAAACUCCUCGAGAAUCGAGGCUUUGACACCACAAUCGACAUUCUCUCUGUUCACAAGGACAACAACAUCACACCGAGGGAAGCAGCCGCCAUUUCAAGAAUGUCGCCGUACCUGUCACUCUCCAUGCAACUUACACGAGGGUCAAUCGACCCCGACGAAGCCAUUGCAGAUAAUAAGUUCGUAGAACUCGGUUGCACAGUCGAAGGCCUGCAAGUGCUCCGGAAAGUAUCAUAA